AUGACAGGAAAUAGUGAAGCAUAUGCAAAGCAGCUCGCAAAGGAUAUCACUGAAAAGUAUCCAGCAACGGUAUUUGGCAUGGCCAAAGGAUUGAAGUAUCCUGCCUCUUCCAAGGUGACAGCCUUGCGAGUCAAGUCCAUCACACACGACGAAUGCAAGAUCUCUCUGGUCACUUGCUCGGGCGAGAUUUGCGAAAUGAACGACGAAGUUUACAAAUUCAAUCCGCCACUGCAAUCAAUCACGGAAAUGAGUACUCGCAUGCCACAAAUCCGUGAUGCCGUCCUCACCCCCAAUCCACUGUGGUUGUUGACAGAUCCUUUGGCAUUGGUCAUUCUCCUCACCUGUGCCUCGUUGGGUUACGGGACACUGCUUUUGGGAACCGAUGGUAUCAUUGAUGGGCUCGCCAAUGUGCCCCGCUUAGAGGGAGGUAUAUCAGCAAUCUUUGGAUCGACUGGCACCUUUGCCAAUUUGGUUGUUGGUUCGUUUUGGUUUUCGAUUGUUGCCCAUGGAAUCGAGGCCAGCAUUGCACUGCGCCACUCAUUGAAGAGUCUUCAGUUAGGCUCAGUACCUACUGUUAUGUGGUCAUCAAUGGUAUUUCUAGUUGGAUAUCCAAUGUUCUCUAGAUUUCAAAAGAUUGUCACUGUACAAGAAGAGUAUGGCACAAAGUCAAAGUGA